CGCAGGCGAUCGGGGAUGUUAGUCGCAACCCUUCUGGCCUCAGCCUCGGCGGCCGCUGCCUCUGCUGCCGGCUCCGCCUCGGCGGCCUCCGCCUCGGCGGCUGCCGCCUCGGCGGCUGCCGCCGUGCCGCUCGUCCGCUUCUCCGACUCUUCGCCAAAGCCGCUCCUCCACGAGUGGAGCGCUAUGAACGAUCCCGUCAUGGGCGGCCGCUCGUCCUCCCGCGUCGCCGUGGAGGGUGCGCCCGCGCGGCUCAACUUCACAGGGACUUGCGCGAUCGUGCCGUCGCUGCAGGCUCCCGGCUUCAUCACGGCCGUGACCGGCAAGGGCCUCUUCCGCAGCGAGUCCUUUGUGGACGUGUCGGCGUGCGAGGGCCUAACGAUCAAGGCUCGCGACUUUUCGGGCGGCUACAAGGGCUACCGCAUCUCGUUCGGCACGGCCAAGCCGAUCGGCGGCAAGUUCUUCGCGCAAGGCUACAAAGCGGAUCUCCACCCGCCCACGCACGCGUUCGGAGAGGUCAAGAUCCCCUUCACAGACUUCACCGACUUUUGGGACGACGCGACGGGCAAGGCGAUACACACUUGCGCCGAGAAGCACGACUACUGCCCGGAUGCAAAGACGCUGCGCGACAUGAAGACGAUGUCGAUCUGGGCGGAGGGCGUCGAGGGCACCGUCCACCUGGAGGUCGAGGCGAUCGACGCGUACGGCUGCCGCGGCGCGGCGGAGGGCGAAGGGGAGAUGUGAAGGUGCUCGCCGAUGCAUAGGAUCUGCUCUGUGUGACAAACGCUACGGCCGCCCGUCUACGUUGUACUGCCAGCCAGCCGCGGCGAGCGUGUGUAUGGCGUGGUGUGAGGUGUGUGUGUUCAGUGUUGGCGAGACGGGAGACGCCGCCGCGGAAAGGUCUCUCUUUUAUGUGUUAACUAGGAGAUGGGUACGAAACCUA